AUUUUUGACCAAAUUUCGAUUUCCACCGAGCGGCGAUCCAAAUUUUGCAAAUCCAUUUAAACGACCGUUGUCACUUUGUAAGAGACGAAACUUGCAAGAGAAGCAGUAGGCUGCGACGGGAAAGAACUCUUCACCUCUUCUUCUCAAACUCGCCAUGGAUUUGGACCCAGAUGAGGUUUUCAGAGACGACGAUGACGAUCCCGACAAUCCACUCUUUCAGGAAAGGGAGUCGACGAAGGAAUUGGCGGUUUACUUGGUGGAUGCUUCCCCUAAAAUGUUCAGCACGACUUGCCCCUCCGAAGAUCAAAAGCAAGAAACCCAUUUUCAAGUUGCUUUGAGCUGCAUUUUGCAGUCAUUGAAGACGCAGAUCAUUAACAGAAGCUAUGAUGAAGUUGCUAUAUGCUUUUUUAACACAAGGGAAAAGAAGAAUUUGCAGGAUCUAAAUGGUGUCUUUGUGCUUAAUGUCAAUGAGCGAGAAGAUCUUGAUCGACCGACAGCAAGGCUUCUAAAAACCAUUGAUGGCAUAGAGGAAGUAUUUAUGAAAGAGAUUGGAAGUCAGUACGGUAUUGUUUCAGGUUCUCGUGAGAACUCUCUUUACAAUGCUUUAUGGGCAGCGCAAGCACUGCUGCGGAAAGGAUCUGCAAAGACAAUUGAUAAGCGGAUUCUUUUGUUUACAAAUGAAGAUGAUCCGUUUGGAAGUAUCAAAGGUGCUACUAAAUUUGAUUUGAUAAGAACUACAUUACAGAGGGCUAAGGAUGCUCAAGAUCUCGGCAUUUCAAUUGAACUUUUCCCGCUGAGUUGCCCUAAUGAGCAGUUUAAUCUCUCUCUUUUCUAUGCUGAUUUGAUUGGACUAGAAGGGGGGGAGCUUGCUCAAUUUUUGCCUUCGGCAGGAGAUAGAUUACAAGAUAUGAAGGAUCAACUGAAGAAACGAAUGUUCAAGAAACGUAUAGUCAGGAGACUCAAAUUGUCUAUCACCAAUAAAUUGUCAAUUGAUGUUAAUAGUUAUGCAUUGAUUCGUCCCACCCUUCCUGGAGCAAUCACUUGGCUUGAUUCUAUCUCAAAUCGUCCACUGAAGACAGAGAUGUCAUUCAUUUGUGCGGAUACAGGUGCAUUAUUUCUGGAACCUUCAAAGCGAUUUCAGCUUUAUAGAAAUCAGGUAAUUAAAUUCUCUGGGGAGGAGUUAUCUGAAAUCAAGAGAGUAUCUGCUGGACAUCUUCGGCUUCUAGGUUUCAAGCCAUUGAGUUGCUUAAAAGAUCAUCACAAUUUACGUCCAUCAACAUUCUUAUAUCCUAGUGAUGAGGAACUGGGUGGUAGCACUUGCAUCUUCAUUGCCCUCCACAGGUCCAUGGUGAAGCUCAAUCGUUUUGCAGUUGCGUUUUUUGGUAGUCCAUCUCGCCCCCAGCUAGUUGCUCUUGUGGCCCAAGAUGAGAUCAUUACUGCUGGGGGACAGGUUGAGCCACCAGGAAUGAACAUGUUAUAUCUGCCUUAUGCUGAUGACAUCCGACAUGUUGAGGAGCUUCAUCCGGAUCCAGACAUUGCACCUAGAGCGACUGAUGAUCAAGUAAAAAAGGCUGCUGCUUUAAUGAAACGCAUCGACUUGAAAGACUUUUCAGUUUGCCAGUUUGCCAAUCCUGCCUUGCAGAGACAUUAUGCAGUAUUGCAGGCUUUAGCCCUGGAAGAAGAUGAGAUGCCUGAGGUUAAUGACGAAACAGUCCCUGAUGAAGAAGGAAUGUCUAGACCUGGGGUGGUAAAGGCAUUAGAAGAAUUCAAACUAUCGGUUUAUGGGGAAAAUUACGAGGAGGAAGCUGAAAAAGAAAAAGUGAGUGAAGCUUCAAAAAAGAGAAAAGCAGUAUCUGAGACUGCUUCUCAAAAGUGUAAGGAAUAUGACUGGGCUGACCUUGCAGACAAUGGAAAGCCGCCACGCCACGUCGUGGUUGCCUACUGCAUGGUUAAACCAGAACUUUUUGUUUCUCUCGUUGCAUGGUACAAAACCACCCACCACAUUAUUUCGACCUCUUUAAAUGUUUUCUCCAUGACUUCAGUUGAAGGAAUUGUCGGUUGUCGAGUUGAAGUAUUAUUUGACAGCACAUGAUCUUCCUGUGUCUGGAAAGAAGGAAGCCUUGAUAAGCAGGAUACUAUCACAUAUGGGAAAGUAAUGCAGUUGAGACAAAAUCCUUCACAGUCUUCUUCUAUGCCUUGUAACAUGUAGAAUGAAAGAAAUUUUUUGCUUCUUCUGGGAUGGGGAACAAGAUUUGUUUAUUAUCAUUAUUUUCUUUAUUUUUGGAGAAAAGAAAAAGACUACUCUUAAGUUAGCUUAGGACACUUGCAAAGUACAAACUAUCACGUUGCCAAGAAACAGAGGUCUGAACUGGUUUUGGAGCCAUUUUAAAAAGUAUUAUGAGUGAAAAAAAAUGGUUUUUAUUUAUUUUAUUUA